AACUUUUAUCAGAUCUAAUUCGGGAAACGCGGGGGACAGAUAACUUGGAAUAACACAGCAAAACAGAUGAAAAGGAAUAUUUCAAGGGGUAUGUAUAUAAGGGUGUUAGAUAUUUCAGUUAUCUUUGUUGAGACAUUUCUCCGAAUUUCAAGUAUACCCCUAGAAGUCGUUACAAAUCUUCAAACAUUAGCAGCGCACCCACCCCACCAUCACCACCAUGGGAUCCUCCUCGCCAGAGACAUUUACUGCGCCGGCGCAAACCUUUUCAUUUGACGGGCUCCUUUUUGAUUUUGAUGGCACUAUUAUAGAUUCGACACCUGCGAUUGUCAAGCACUGGCACAGACUAGGUGCUGAAUUGAACUUAGAUCCUGAAGUUAUUCUGAAGACUUCCCACGGACGAAGAAGCAUAGAUGUCCUGCAAAUCAUUGCUCCGGAAAAAGCUAACUGGGAAUACGUGAGUUACGUUGAAGGCCGAAUCCCCAGGGAGGAUGGCAGAGACGCGGUGGAAAUACCUGGAGCACGACAACUGUUAGACUCCUUAGACGAAGCUGGCGCCCUCUGGGCUGUGGUUACUUCAGGGACCAAAGCGCUUGUCCAUGGCUGGCUGGAGGUCAUGAAACUCGCGCACCCCAAGUACAUGGUUGUUGCCGAAGAUGUGGAGGUUGGCAAGCCAGAUCCGCGAUGUUACCUGCUGGGCCGCUCCCGGCUUGGACUGGGAGAUGGGGCUGAGAUGCUGGUGGUUGAAGAUGCGCCUUCGGGUAUCCGGGCUGGCAAGGCGGCGGGCUUCAAGGUCGUCGCCCUCACGUCGACGCAUAAGAUUGAACAGCUCAAGGAGGCUGGCGCAGAUUGGAUCGUUCAGGAUCUGCGGAGUGUUACACUGAAGGGCUUCAAUGGAAAGGUGGAGAUUGAGAUCUCGAAUGCUUUGCAGUGAUUUAAUAUGUUCCUUUUCCCCUCGGCCCUUUACAUUCCUUUCGCCUUUCUUCUUUUUUUUUUCUUUCUUUUUUUUUUUCAGUGAGGAAUAUAGAUUUUUUUUGGGGGGUCUACUUUCCUGUUUUGAGGUAAAGGACUGAUGCUGCAUAGAAGGGGCGCGUCGGACCGAUGUCUCGUGGCAUAGAUGGUUAGAUUUGAAAUACAUCGGUGUUUCUGCACAUGGUAUAUUCACAGAACAUGCAUCAGGGGCUCGUUUCCCUGAUAUAUAUUUCUUUUCUUGUGAAAUUUUUUCACUGCAUCAUCGUGGCAUUGGUAAUCAGCAGCCUUCGGGUCCUUGCAUUAUUGCAUAUAUGUUUAGGCGAUAUAUAUUAUAUUAGCGAUUCCCAUGUUUUGCUUAUUGUUUCGCCGCUUGUUCCCUGUUACCCACGCCAUCAUUUCCAGAUUCCAUGGCAUCACAGAGAUCUUCGGUCGGCCGCACGAGACCGAGUCCCCUCGAGAUGGCCCUGUUGCAAAUACGACCCAGGUACGCCGCUGCCGUUGUUGCACACAAGGAUUUCUGUCCUUGAAAUCUAUGCAUGCUUUAAGUAAAUCUUUCAGAAGAUCCUGUAUAUUCUUCAGUUCAGACAGCAGAGAAGAGUGUUAUUCAUAUUAAUUAGAAGAGAUGUUUAUUGGAGAAGAUUUUUUAUUAAUUAUACAGUGUCUAUCAUUCUAUGAUUUCUGUUACUGUUGUACAAUUCUGAUAAUAGUCAUUCUUCUUUUAUUCUUCUAAGUAGAGAGUGAACUUCUUUGAAUCAGUG